AAAAGCACAUGUCAUGGUUGGAAAAAUGAUUGCUGGAGAAAAUUAAAUUUUUUUGGUUGUGUGACUCAGCAACAGUAUUUUUCAAAAGUCUGUCUCUUGGCUCACCUCUGUGCAUUUCAUUCUCAUCAUAUACGACUAUUUGGAUAUUUUUGCGUGCAGCGUGGUGGUUUUCAUUCAGCCUGAUGGAGCUGUUGUUGUCUGGUUUCAUUAUGCUUCAAGUGCUCUGUUUUGUUGGUGGCUAUCCCAAUGGUGCUCCCACUGGUGCCUGUGAGGAUAUGAUGCCUCGCCACUCUGGGGUGCUGCCUCAGCCCUCAGCAGCACCCUACACUCUUCUCACCAACACCAGGACGUUUCAGCCGGGCAAACCUGUUACAGUGACUGUCACUGGACCAGAAUAUAGAGGUGUGCUUCUUGAAGCUCGCAGAGAUGGCAGCACUAAUGCUCUGGGGAGCUGGAAAAUCCCUCCUCCAGACACAAAGUUUCUUCAGUGCACAGGGAAUCCACAAGGAGCUGUUACUCAUUCCAACACCAACCUGAAGGGCAACACCACUGUAUACAGCUGGAUGCCACCCAACUCUACAAGCCCAGUCUACUUCAUGGCCACAGUAGCUCAGCAGCGCACAAUCUACUGGCUUAAUGUGAGGUCCAUCACUCUGACCACAGAGUCACCAGGUGUCAGUCUGGCCACAGGUGCAAGUGCUCGGAUGGCUGGAGAAAAACCUUUGCUUGUCCUGGGGAUAUGUUUUCUGAUGUUACUGGUGCUGCAGGUUAACACUGUGUGAAAAGAAAAUAUUUCCUUCAAUCUGUUGGGCUGUGGACUGAUGCUGUGUAUUAAAAAUUCCCAAAAUGUUUUUGACUUAAAUUAUAGAUUAUAUAGAUAUUUGCAGACCUGUGAGAUUCUGUAUUAUGCCAAUGCUCUUCAGUGAUUUUUUCUUAGAUUUUGCUCUAAACAUUUAGCCUAAAAAAAACAUUUGUGCACAUACACAUUCAUUUGGUUCCUAUGUUUCAUAUCAUACUGUAGAUAUAAUUAGCUCUGUCCCUCUUAAAAAUAUACACCAUCACAGACGUGAAUUAUAAAUGUACUUAAUGCCUCAUGCAGUCUUGUCCAUAGCUUUUAUGGUGUGUGUUCUGUCUUAUUUAAUAUGUAACAAAACACGUGGACGUCUGCAAAGAGAAGAACUGGGCCACCUUUACAGACCUGAGCUGCCAUUUAAAACAUUUCAAGAAAGUACAUUAAAAGUUUCUAAGAGAAAGUUUUGAGUCCAAAGAGACAGGGUUAGUCUGGCUUUUAUGAUAUUUAAAAACUACAGGAUAAUAAGAAUGUAUAACAAUAGGCAGGGUAAACUUAUAUUCACUUAUUGUACAUAAUCCACACAUAGAAUCUAUAUUAUAUUACAAUAUGUGUGUUGUUGUGAAAAUCAUUGCUCUUUAUGUUGUUUUUAGUUAAUGGAUUGUUUUCUAGCUGUCACUGACUUUGAUUCUCCUCACAUAUUGUAUGUAUAUGGAUGUGUUGUAUUUAUGUAUCUCCGAUGCUCAAGUUAAUCCAUCACUUCUCAUAAUUAAAAAAAACACAUCAAAUUAA